AUGGAUGCAGCUCUCCCUGAAGUUUAUGACGAGUACUGGCUGUCACCACUGCCAUCUCAGGGAACCCCAGACUUGACAGGGCUGCCCCAAGGUCAGGCCUUGGGGGCGGCUCUGCAGAGGGAGUUCACCCCUGUUCGGCUCGGUGCACCUACACCCAAGGAGGAAGGAGUGGGGCCCUCCCAGGGACAACUCAGUACCGAAAUGUCAAAGUGCCUGCUAAAGGGGGAUGUCCGGUACCUUGUGACCAUGCUGGCACUGCUGGGAAUUAUCACCUUCUUCCUGAUCCUGGCUCCAGUGAGGAACAUUUUCCUUCCUCCAGGGACUAAAUACGGCCUGGUGUUCGAUGCUGGUUCCACACACACAACUCUCUACAUCUACCAGUGGCCAGUGGACAAGGAGAAUGACACAGGCAUCGUCAGCCAGGUGGAGGCCUGCACUGUGCCUGGACCUGGCAUCUCCAGCUAUGCAGACAACCCUGCUCUGGCUGGAGCCAGCCUGAAACCCUGCCUAGAUAAGGCCAUGAAGAUCGUCCCAGAAAAGCUGCAGCGAGAGACCCCCACCUACCUCGGGGCUACAGCAGGCAUGCGGCUGCUGAGGGAGCAGAACAGCACAAAAGCUGACCAGGUCUUUGUCGAGGUCGCAAAGGCCGUUCGCCAGUACCCUGUGGACUUCCGUGGAGCUCAGAUCCUCACAGGGAACGAGGAGGGCUCCUUUGGCUGGAUCACUGUCAACUACCUGCUGGAGACACUCAUCAAGUUUUCCUUUGCAGAGAAAUGGGAACGUCCGCAGGCCACAGAGGUGCUGGGAGCUCUGGACCUUGGAGGCGCCUCCGCACAAAUAACCUUCCAGCCCGGAGGUACCGUGGAGGACAAAAACACCUCUGUCCUCUUCAGGCUAUACGGCACCAACUACUCGCUCUACACCCACAGCUACCUCUGCUAUGGGCAGACGCAGGCCUUGAAGAUGCUGCUGGCAGCUCUCUAUGAGGGCAGCUCUUCUCCCCAGCAGAUAUUGCACCCCUGCUACCCGAAGGGAUACCAGGAGAACAUCACUAUGGCAGCCCUCUACGACAGUCCCUGUGUCCCCACGCCGAGCAAACCCAGCACUGCUCAGGCCCUCACAGUGACGGGGACAGGAGACCCAGCAGCGUGCAGAAGUGCCAUCCAGAAACUCUUCAACUUCACCUGUGGGGCCCACAGGACGUGUGGGUUCAAUGGCAUUUAUCAGCCCCCCGUGCGGGGACAGUUCUUUGCCUUUUCUGGGCUUUAUUACAACCUACACUUUCUGAACCUGACCAGUGGGCAGUCCUUGAGUUCAGUCAAUGCCACCAUUUGGGACUUCUGUGCCAGAGACUGGAAGAAGGUGCAGAAGGAGUUCCCUGAUGUGGACAAAACCUAUCUCCGUAACUACUGUGCAGUCAGCUCCUACAUCCUCACUCUCCUGCUGCAAGGCUAUAAAUUCAAUGACAAGACAUGGCCCAACAUCCGCUUCACCCAAAAGGUCGCUAACACAGAUAUGGGUUGGACUCUGGGCUACAUGCUCAAUCUUACCAACAUGAUUCCCUCGGAAACUCCCCAGAGAUGCAUAGCAGUCCAAAGAAGCAUCUGGACAGCAGUCACAGUUGCAUUGUUCAUCAUGCUAUUCCUCUGCUUCUGGCUGUUCAUGGCCAUAUGUCACCAGAGAAAAUUAGCCAGUUAUGAGACUUUCUAG